AUGAUAAAUCCAACGACGGCAGUCAACCCUUUAUUGACAGCAACAGGGCAGCAGAGGAUCCCACUGCUUCCCUCUCCAUUUGAACCCCAAACUGUGGACAGAGACUUUUUGCCUUCCACUCUAGCUCCAAUGGACUCAAGACAGUUUAAUGUUCCUUCACAAUUUGGAUUCCCUGUUCUGCCAAAUGCAAAUGUGCAGAACAUGCUGUCCAAUCGUGUCUACUCAGGUUGGGGCAUUUUACCACCUGAAUCCAUAAGAGCAAUGGCUAGAAGGAAUGAAAUGUUUCAAAGGCAUAAUACUGCCAGGACAGAAAUGGAAAUGCAUGCCAUUUACCAGCAAAGGAGAGUGGAAAAAGUUAAUCCCCAGGGGCUGGUGGGCUUGGGGAUACCAUUCCUCUACGGCUCCAGGAUCCCAGCAGGUCCAGCCGCCCACCAUGGCAGAAGCUUGCUCCCUGCCAGUGACUUGCAUUUUCACAGAAGAGCCUGGAGAAACCUUCAGGGAAACCCCACGCUAGUGGCAACUGACCCAUGCUUUCCGGAGAGCUGGGGUCAGAAAUGUCGUCUCAGGAGAAGUACAGGGAAUCAGAAAGUUGUAGACAGUGAUACUUAUAGUUCCAAAAGUCAAGCAGAAAUAAAAAUCCUAGGCCAGACUCAUGCAAAUCCCUCUGAAGAGGAUGAGAAUGCAAAAGACCCUGAAAUGGAAACACUCAAUACUCAGAAGCCAAGAGAAAUCAAUGACAAACCAAUUACAGCUCCUACCAACACCUACGGAGAGCUAGAGCCCACCCGUAGAAACACCUGGGCAGCUCACGGCGCUUCCCUGGAACCAAAGGCCUGGGAUGGUGGGAAGGAGAAGGCCUUUUUUGCAGCCUGCAGUGAAAAUGAGGUUUGCCCUCCAGGUCCUCCAUCAGCUCUACCAGGAACACAUGGAUUGGUUCCAAUUGAGGGACAUCUUUCUUUGGAUGAAAAUAUUCAAAAAUGGACUGUGGAUGAUGUGCACGACUUCAUUAGUGGCCUUCCAGGUUGUUCAGGUUAUGCUCAGGUAUUUAAAGAUCAUGCAAUUGAUGGAGAAAUUUUGCCAUUGCUCACAGAGGAGCACCUUCGAGACACUAUGGGAUUAAAACUGGGCCCGGCACUAAAAAUUCAAUCACAGGUAUCACGGCAAGUGGGAAGUGUGUUACACAAGAAAAGUCUUUUGCUUCCUACCCAUACGUAUUCUACAAGACAGGCAUUUGAUCAACCAGCAGAUACAUCCCCUCUUUUGGAUUUUAAUUCAUGGGGUGAUACAUUGGGCUUUCCUUGUUCCCAGGAUAUAAGAAUUCCUAAAGGAAUUGAACAAGAUAAAUUGAAAAAUUAAAAA